AUGAGUACUACUACUAGUAUAAAUAAAUUGGCACAAGAUUGGUUGAAAUGGGAUAAGAACCCAAAGACAAGAGCAGAGAUUCAAGAGUUGGUUGAACAAAAUGAUGUGAAGGAAUUGACUGCAAGAUUGGAGAAUAGGAUAGCUUUUGGUACAGCUGGUCUAAGAGGUCCUAUGAAAGCUGGUUUCUCAUGUAUGAAUGAUCUUACAGUGAUACAAGCAAGUCAAGGUCUGUGUUUGUACGUCAUUGACACCAUUCCAAAUGCUAUCAAGUCUGGUGUGGUCAUUGGAUAUGAUGGAAGGUACAACUCUAAAGAGUUUGCCAAGUACACUGCUGCCACAUUCCUCUCAAAGGGUUACAAAGUGUACCUAUUCUCUAAAGUCGUACCAACACCUUAUGUCGCCUUUGCUGUUACCGACUUAAAGGCAAGUAUUGGUGUGAUGAUAACUGCAUCACAUAACCCAAAGGAUGAUAAUGGCUAUAAGGUGUACUGGGAGAAUGGUUGUCAGAUUAAUACUCCACAUGACAAGGGCAUUGCAAAGUUGAUUGAUCUCAAUCUGGAACCCUGGGAGAUUAAUGUCGAUCAGUUGCUGAGUGGUCCUUUGGUGGAGGACCCUCUUGACAGGAUAGUGUCGAGCUACAAUACAAAGAUCGCACAGUACUCUGUUGCCUCACACGUCAAGUUUGCUAACGAGAAGAUCAUCUACACCGCCAUGCAUGGAGUUGGAGGAGAGUACACCAAGAUGGCAUUCGAAGCAUUCAAGCUUCCACCUUUCAUCCCAGUGGCACAGCAGUACCAGCCCGACCCAGCAUUCCCCACCGUCACAUUCCCAAACCCAGAGGAGGGCAAGGGCGCACUGAAGCUCUCAAUCGAGACGGCCGAAGCCAAUGGCAGCCGUCUGAUCCUGGCCAAUGAUCCAGACGCAGACAGACUGGCUGUGGCUGAGCGAUUAAAGGAUGGCACAUGGAAGGUAUUCAACGGCAAUGAGAUUGGAGUGUUGUUGGCUGAUUGGGCCUGGCAGAAUGCCCGUCGCAGCCAUCCCGACACCCCAGCCGAGAAGUUCUUCAUGAUCAACACGGCUGUAUCAUCCGCCAUGCUCAAGACCAUGGCCAAGAAGGAUGGAUACCGUUGCGAGGAGACACUGACUGGCUUCAAAUGGGUGGGCAAUCGUGCUCGCGAGGUAAUGGACGCCGAAGGAUUGCACUUCCUGUUCGCUUACGAGGAGGCCAUCGGCUUCCUGUACGGAGAUGUGUCGCUGGACAAGGACGGCGUGCGUUGUGCAGCAAUCUUUGCCGAACUUGCCCUGUCCUACUACGCCAACGGCAGCUCCUGCGAGGACCACCUCGAGUCGCUCUACAAGCGCUACGGCUACCACAUUAGUCGCAACCGCUACUUCUUCUGCUAUGAGCCGCCCAAGAUGGUUGCCAUCUUCAACAAGAUACGCAACAACCGCAACUUCCCCACCAAGUGCGGUCGCUUUGAGAUUGAGCGUGUGCGCGACCUCACCAUCGACUAUGACGAUGGCUUCCCCGACAAGAAGGCGCGUCUGCCAGUGUCCACAUCCACACAGAUGAUCACCUUUUACUUCAAAAACGGUGCUAUUGCAACACUCCGUGGCAGUGGCACCGAGCCCAAGUUAAAGUACUACGUCGAGAUGAUUGGUCAAGACAAGGCACACGUGCAGCAAGAGUUGGCCGAACUGGUACAAUGCAUCAUUAACGAAUUCCUGCGUCCAGUGGAGAAUGAACUCACUCCUCCAAAGGAUGAC